AUGCAUUUGAAGAGCAGGGUCACAGAAAAAGACAGAAGGGGAAAAGAGAGUGAGCAUGCUGUGGGGGCUGAUCAUCAGCUUGAAAGGUAUAAAAUAUUCCCUCUUAUUCACAGCUUGCUAGCUGUAAAGGACAAAGGCUCACAGCACAGUUCAGCUAUUCUUUAUUGUCCCCAUUCUGGAGAGCUACAGUUUUUAUGGAAACCCUCAGUCAGCACCUGGAAUACCUUGGGCUCUGUGGAGAUAACACAGAGGCUGAAGAUCAGAUCCUUGAAAGUCUAAAUGGGAUUCUCCUGGCUCUUACUGAAGAUAAGCAGAGAUCCUUCAGCCUACUCAGAGAGAGUGGGAUCUUCAUAACUUUGGCAAAAAUCCUGAAGGGCAAUACACGAUGUGCAGUGAAAGCAGCCCAGGUGCUUUCAGAGAUAGCCAAGAAUGAGGAAAUGAAAAAAACGUGUAUUGAAGCAGAUUUGGUUCUAGCUUUGAUACCUCUGCUGGAGAGCACAGACCAAGAAAUGUUGCUUCAUGCUGGGAGGGCUAUUGGCCGUAUCUGUUAUGAUAAUCGGGAUCUUCAGGAAGAGUUGGUGAAGGUAGGAGUAAUCACAUCCCUAGUCCGAAUAUUAACUGAUUAUGCAGAGAGUGAGCCACUUGUCCAUGUUGAUCUAUUGGCUUUAUGCAAUCUUGCAGACUUUGAUACAGCCAAGGAAGCUCUAAGCAGAACAAAGGUUGCUGAACAGCUGGUGAAACAAUUGAGAAGAGCGGAGAACCAUGAGAGGUUAGAAAUUGUCUUUGAGGUUCUGCAAGCACUUGCAGAAAAUGAUGUCCUGAAAGUGCAGUUGGUGGAGGCAGGCGUGCAAGAGGUGCUGUCCGAGAUCUUGAUGAGGCUCCAGGGUAGUUCACAAGCUGAAGAUACAUGCAUUGUGAAGGCUGCAUCAGAUCUUAUUGUCUCUCUGCUUCUUGGAGAUGGCAACUGUGUACGAAUGGUACAGCUGGGAGUCAUACACCAGCUUCUGGAUCUUUUGGAGAAACAUGUAGAGAGUGGGGACAUCUCUGUUCAACAUGCUGCACUCAGUGCACUUCGAAACCUUGCUAUACCAGUUGUUAACAAGGUUCAAAUGCUGGAGGAAGGCGUGGCAGAACGGAUUCAAACUCUACUAAGGUCAGAGAUGCCUCCUGUACAAUUUAAACUCCUUGGAACACUACGGAUGUUAGCAGAUGGUCAAGCUGAUGCAGCUGAAAUCUUGGGCCAAGACCCCAUGCUGCUCAACAGACUUGUGCAGUGGUGCAAUGCUAACGACCAUGUCAGCGUUCGUGGAGAAGCAAACCGACUGCUAGCAUCAAUCUUGCGUCACAACAGAUCCCAAGAAGUGGUCAAAGCCAUCCAGGAGGCACAAGCAGUGAAGCACCUGGUUUCCAUGACAACAAGCAAGCAUGCUGCCUUGCAGAAUGAGGCUCUGAAUGCCUUGGCAAUAGCAUCUGCAAUCGAUUUAGAAACCCUUGAAGAAUCUUUUAAGGAAUCACAGCUCGUCCAAAGCUUACACAAACUUCUACAAGAUGAUAAUACAAGUCCUGAAGUAAAAUAUAACUCAAUGGGCCUUUUGUGCAGUCUUCUUAAAUCAGGUGAUCUGAGACAAGAAAUAGAAGCGGACAAGAUUAAAGAAACCCUUGAACAACUCUGCAGUCACAGCAAUGCAAAUGUGGUCAAGGAAGCUGUCACAACAUUACAGGUUUUGAGAGGAGAGAGACCCAUUAGCCUCCCUUCUUCCCCAUAGCAACCCUGCACUGCUGCUGAGGCAAAUGCAGUAAAAGGCCAGCUUUGCCAACCCUACCUUGCAUUUGUCAUGCUGCCGCAUAACUAACACUACAAAAGCCCAGGUACAGCUUCUGCUUUUAAAGCUUUACAUAAAAAUAAGAUACGCAUUUGCUCAUCUAUUUGACCUACAGAUACCUGCAUUACUGCUGCUUUUCACUGAGCUACCACCAAACAGCAGCAGAAAUUAGAAGCAUCAGGCAGUUGCCACUUCUGUAAUACAUUUUAAGCUGCUUGGUUUUGUCAAAUCAGGAUAUCACUUGCAAAUUUCUUGUAUCAGUGGGUAAAAUCUUGACAAAAAAAUCUCAAGCUUACUUCAUGAAACCCGAAACAAUAGGGUUUUAGAUUUAGGUGAGAGCUGUAGCUUAAACAAUACAAAGGGCUAACUGGCACCAAAUCAAACUCUGCACAUUGUGCACCAACCUGUUAACUGAACGUGUUAAAACCACCACAAAACUGUACCAAAACUAACAUCCCCUUCAAUUUCCAAUUUUAAAGCUCAUCUGAGUUUUUACCUGCUGGUGUCACAAGCUCUAUUCCUCAGUAUCUGAAGUCAUGGUCUUGUCCUAGUUUUAGAGUUGCAGCUAUUAUAACCUGGAAUGAGACUCAAUAGAAGCAAAGUUUACAAAAAUCUGUAGUCAAUGUCCAUACAGUGCUUGGACAAGAUACAAAUCAAAGCUAGUCAGAAGUUACAAGUGGGCACGUGUGAAGAUUUGGAGAUAGAUGGCGUUUCAUUAAGUUAUCUCCAGUAAGACAACCUGGCUUUAACUUUAGAUAAUAGAAAAUUCUAGCAAAACACAUGUGUCUGAAUAUUUCUACAGAAACCUUUUGUAUUUAAAAAUGGUCACUUGAUAAAAAAGGUAACAAGAUCUAAAGCACAGCUUGUUCUUCUGGGAAUGUUUUGAAGCUGUUGAAAGUAUGUUGCACAGCUGCAUUGCCAAGACCCAACAAAUCAAAUUCAAACCCCUGUAGCAGGAGAUACUGAAUAGCUAGGGAAUGACUUAUUUUAGCCAUCAGUAAAAGCUAUUGAGAAAAAGAAAUAGAAAAGUACUGAUCUUUGAAAAAAUUGUUAUAAAGCAGGGAAUAUUCCAAAGUACACAAAGCCUCCCAUUCUCAAACAAUUUGAGUAUAACUGGCUUAUGUCUGUGAAAAAACAUUACAACUUUGUUCCUGCAAAAGCUUUCCCAUCCGCAAAACUCUAUUUAGUUGCCUACCUUCGCCACCAAGUAGCACUUUCAGAAGUACUCUUGAGAAAGGGAGUAUCACAAAACCACCCUAAGCAAGUCACUUGGUGAGUAACAUGCAAGCAGGUUUUGACAACAUAGUAGGAGAAAGAUAUUUAUAUAUAUUUAUACAUACACCCCACCCCCCAAAUAGUCCCAAUUCAAGUUAAGUCAUUCUUAUCAGAAGUAAUCCAGUCUUAACAUUCUAGAGUGUCUAACUGCAAAUACCGCAUUCUAAUAUAGCCUUUCUCUAUUGAUUAAAUGUUCCUCUGACCUUAUUAAAACUAGAAUCAGGUUUUAAUGCAUUAAAGAAACAUUAAAAUGGUCAAAGAAGCAGACAAACUUAUUUCUGCAAGCCUCAUCUUCAAACCUGGGAGUUACUUCCCUUCUGAACUCUUAAGAAUAGUUUCAGGAACACUGCUCAGACAUGACAAACCACAGACUGUUCAAAUCAUAAAAGCAGUAACUGUGGAUAAUGGCAGUCAAAGUGCAAACAGCCGUUUUAACUUUUUUUGGUGUCUACAGAUUUAAUCAUUUCUCUACACCAUCCAGCAGCUCUUCACUUGUUUACAGCUUUCUAUUAACAAUGAAGAAAAAAGCAUCAGUGUUAUCUAUUAUUCAGCAGCCCAGACUGAAAAAAAUCAAGUAUUAGUUUCAGCAAAAUAUACACAUAAACACCAAGAGACCUUUACCAUUUUUGUAGUUAAUCAACAAAUUGCAGGUCUCAGUAGUCAGUCUAAACCUUGGAGAGGGAAAUACAAGUGAAUGGAAGCAACAAACCUUAGAAACCAAACUCCAGGAGUACAAAACAUUACAUUUUAUUUAAUCAAAUUUAAGGCUUGAG